UAUUAGAGGAAGUCGUGGUGCUAAAGUUCGCUCGCGAUUCGUUAUUCUCAUGUUAUUCGUUGUUUUACUUGUUUGUAGUAUAACUCUGGAAAUACGAUUUGCCGGUAGCAUGGAUGGAUUACGUGUUCGAAUUGUAGCAGACGACUGACGGUCAAGCAGAAAUGUAUCGCAAGGCAGUUUUAUUAAUGUUGGUAACCCACUUGUUGUAUGCAGUAUCAGAUGACAAAGUUGACAAAUUACAUUCUCUAAAACUACCUCCAUGCCAAGCAUGCCGAGGUCUUGUUGCAUCAUUCAAGAAGGGACUGGAGCGCACCGCUCGGGGUAAAUUUGAAGGUGGUGAUGCAGCGUGGGAAGAGGAGAAAUUGGGCAGUUAUGCCAGCAGUGAACUGCGUCUUGUGGAGAUACAGGAGGAGCUUUGCUCUGAUGUUGAACGUGGCAAGAACCAGUGUCAUCUGCUUGCUGAAGAUGCAGAGCAGUUAAUUGAAGAAUGGUGGUCUAGCGGACAAAAACAGGAUUUAUACAGCUGGCUGUGUAUUGAGAAAAUGGAGUUCUGCUGUCCAGAAAAUCAUUUUGGAAGUGACUGUACACCAUGUCCUGGCUAUCCAGAUAAUAUUUGUGGUAAAAAUGGAAAGUGUAAGGGUGCAGGCACACGUAAAGGUAAUGGUAAAUGUUUGUGUGAUUCUGGUUAUGCUGGUGAUAACUGUGAUCGAUGUAAUGAAACUAGCUAUGAAGCAUACCGUGAUGACACCAAACUACUUUGCUCUCCUUGCCAUAUGUCCUGUGUUAAUGGCUGUUCCGGAGCAGGUCCUAAAGGAUGUUCUUCAUGUAGAGAAGGGUGGCUGAAGGAUGAAAAAAUGGGCUGCAUUGAUGUAGAUGAGUGUUUGUCCUUAGACAGAGCAUGCCGUAAAAACCAGUUUUGUGUCAACAAUGAGGGAUCCUUUUCCUGUUUAGAAUGUGACAGAGCGUGUGAUGGGUGCUAUGGUGAUGGCCCUGAUCUGUGUAUUAAAUGUGCCAAAGGUUACAAAAAGGAAGACAACAUUUGUGUAGAUGAAAUGGAGGCACGGCAAAACUUCCACGCUAAACUGACUCGCUACCUGACAUACUUCGGUCUGUGUGUUGCAACCUGCAUUGUACUUCAGAAGAAUACUUUGGUUGCUGGAGCUAUUGGCUUGUCUGUAGCAUUAUAUAUUUCAGUGUCAGAGUACACCCUACGUUCAACUCCAGCAUCUAGUCCAAUACUCAACAAAGUGUGAUGAUAAGACUGAUAUAUCAGUCAGUGGGGCUUAUGUUGGCGGCUUUAUUGUUCAGUUUUAUCAACACUUUUAAUACUUCUAAUAGUCACACUCUUGGUGAUAUACUUUUCAUCUUCCUGGACAUGACAAAGUGGAAAGUACUAUGUAUAUCUUCCCAGGGCACAUAAGGGCAUUCACACAAUGAUUCAGUCAUGUUUAAGUUAUUUCAUUAUAGUUCCUUCAGCACAAGUAUUCAAUGGUUUUGUGUGUGUGUGUGUGUGUGUGUGUGUGUGUGUGUGUGUGUGUGUGUGUGUGUGUGUGUG